AUGGCGCAGAUUGUAUCCAAAAGACCGCGCACCUCCGUCAGCACCCCGAUUGGGUCCUCCCACGCCGCUGGAAACCGUAUUCACACAUCCGCCGCUCCUCGCCGGAGGAUCUUCCGGUAUGAGUCGUCGGAUGACGACGAACAAGCCGCUGAAACGCGAGCCGAUUCGAGUCGUACUCAGCCGGCCGAAAGUGGUCGGGACGCGCCGACGCUGACCCUGACCGACCCGGACGUCUUGGAUUGCCCCAUCUGCCUCGAACCCCUCUACCCUCCUGUCUACCAGUGCGAGAAUGGGCACGUGACGUGUGAAGUUUGUUGUGAUAAAAUGAAGAGAAAGUGCCCUACCUGCGGCUGGCCGAUUGGGCACAACCGUUGCCGGGCAGUCGAGAAGAUUCUCGAUUCUAUUAAAUUCUCCUGCCCGAACGCCUGGCUUGGCUGCCCGGAGACCAUAACUCUCAGCAAGAGGGUGGAGCACACUAAGACAUGUGGUUUCUUGGCCUGCUUGUGCCCUAUGCCCGACUGCACGUACAUGGGCUCUUCCAACUCUGUGUACUCCCACUUUUCGAAAAGACACCCAAACACAUCUAAGCCCUUUGUCUUUAACAAUGGUAUCUCCAUAUCUUUAACCAAGGGACAAAAACACGUCUUUCUUCAAGAGUCCAUUGCAAAGACGCUCUUUGUGAUCAAUCGGUGGGCCCUACGAGGAGGUAAUUUGGUUAGUGUUGUUUGCCUUGCGCCAGCCUCGUGUGAUGGGAAAUUCAUGUACAAAGUUGUUGCUGGGGAUGGCAGCAACUUUGUGAAGAUGAAGGGGUUUGUGGAGACAAGUGCGUGUUGGAUGAGUGGGCAGACACCGGGUAAGAAGUACUUUCUUGUGCCUAAUGCUCUGCUCGGUUUAGGUGGGCAGCUUGUGGUGGAGGUGAUGAUAAGGAGGGCCGUUUGA